AUGGGCAUAAGUCACUUCAUUAAGGCUGUGCUGAACUUCGGGAGCUUGAGAAGACACAUCCAGCUGAAAGUCAUUGCUAUUGAUGAACAGCUGAGAGUCAUUUAUGAAGAUAAUGUUCACUUUGAUAAAGACCUUCCAGAAUUUAAUGGAGUGUUGACUCAAGGUGGAGUCUAUAUUCACAGUGACAGACUGACAGUCACUUCUCCUGUGCUAAUGUGGGUCAAGGCUCUGGAUAUGAUUUUGGAAAAGAUGAAGUCUUCGGGCUUUGACUUGUCUCAAGUCAGAGCUUUGUCUGGUGCUGGUCAGCAACAUGGGAGCGUGUACUGGAAAGAAGGAAGCAUCCAGACUUUAAAGAAUGCGUCUUCUGAACUGCCUUUGUAUCAGUCACUAAAGGGCUGUUUUUCUGUCAGCAGCAGCCCCAUCUGGAUGGAUUCUAGCACAACUUCCCAGUGCAGCGCUCUGGAGAAAGCCGUGGGGGGGGCGCAGCACCUAGCAACUAUCACUGGUUCUCGAGCCUAUGAGCGUUUUACAGGAAAUCAGAUCGCAAAGAUUUACAGCCAGAAUCCCGAGGUCUACAUGCAAACUGAGAGAAUCUCUUUGGUUAGUAGUUUUGCAGCUUCACUUUUCCUAGGAGCUUACGCACCCAUUGAUUACAGUGACGGUUCUGGCAUGAACUUGCUGCACAUUUGGGAAAAAGUGUGGUCAGUGUCCUGCCUUGAUGCUUGUGCUCCUGGAUUGGAGGAGAAACUGGGACGCCCUGUGCCAUCCCAUUCAGUCCUGGGGCCCAUUUCUCCAUAUUAUAGUCAGCGUUAUGGGUUUAGCCCAGACUGUAAAAUAGUAGCAUUUACAGGAGACAAUCCAGCAUCAUUGGCGGGGAUGAGACUCCAAGAAGGAGAUAUUGCAAUUAGCCUUGGCACAAGUGACACAUUGUUUCUGUGGAUCCAAGAACCAACUCCUGCCUUAGAAGGUCAUAUCCUCUGCAAUCCUGUUGAUUCUCAGACAUAUAUGGCACUUUUAUGUUUUAAAAACGGCUCUCUGAUGAGAGAGAGGAUCAGAGAUGACUGCGCUUCAGGCUCCUGGGAUGAAUUCUCCAAAGCCUUAUCAUCUACUGUUGCUGGAAACAAUGGAAACCUGGGUUUCUACUUUGAUGUGAUGGAAAUUACUCCUGAAGCAGUUGGGAUUCACAGAUUCAACAGAGACAACCAAAAGGUUUCAGGCUUUCCAAAGGAGGUGGAAAUACGAGCGUUGAUUGAAGGGCAGUUCAUGGCCAAGAGGAUUCACGCUGAAAAGCUGGGAUAUAAAGUCA